UUUCCGCUUACUUCAAAAUGAUUUUGUCACUUAUCAGCGUCAGACGCUUUAUUAGUGGUAGAAAUUGGAUUUAAGUAAGUAAUGGUAGUGUUUUUCUUUUUUUUUUUAAUAGAUAAUUUUACAGGAUACGCGUUAAUAGGGUCUUUGACUGAUAGUUUAUUGCCUUUUUGAAAGACCAAACAGAAAAGUUUGUUGAAAGUUAGCCGCAAAGCUAAAAACAACAGUAGCAAGCAGCGUCUAUAAAUGUAUAUGUUUUCAUAGUUGAUACAAGAUAUAUAGUUACAUGGUGAUAAGUUGUCAGCAAUGCCAGACUAUGGUGGUACUACGAGAAGGAGUGUGUCCCGGACUGGAUGAAGCUCUGCUGCAGGAGCUGCGAGCAGCGGGAGUCACCACAGUGGAGGACCUGGUCUCAUCUGAUAUAGAGGAACUGGCCCGGAAAUGUUCCGUUUCCUACAAGAGUCCCGACCUAAACCUCAUUGAGAAUCUUUGGGAGUUGGAGAAGACUUUGCGCAGCGGUCUGACUCUCCCAUCAUCAGUACAAGAUCUAACGGCUCUGUUUGCUAUCCGCCGAGUGUUGCUGGCCCAGCACGCAGCAUUUCCUGUGUCGGGCGCUGAUCUGUAUGAGGAACUGUUGAGCUCCACAGCCAUCCUCUCCACUGGAAAUCCCAGCUUAGAUAAACUGCUGGAUUCUGGCUUGUAUACUGGAGAGAUAACGGAGCUGUCAGGAGGUCCAGGAAGUGGCAAAUCUCAGGUGUGUUUUGCCGUCGCAGUGCAGAUUUCUUACCAACUCAAACAGAGCGUCAUAUAUAUCGAUACGACGGGGGGGCUGACGGCCAGGCGUCUGCUUCAAAUGCUACAAGCUGAAACUAGCAACACAGAUGAGCAGAUGGAGGCUCUUCAGAGGAUUCGUGUCUUCCGCUUGUUUGACAUCUACGCUCUGCUCGACUGUCUGUAUGGUCUUUGCGGAGGCGGGCUUCAACAGGCGUCUGGCGGCGGCUCUGUCAAGGCGGUGAUCGUGGACUCGGUGUCAGCGGUUAUCUCUCCUCUACUGGGAGGCAAACAAAAUGAAGGCAUGUCCUUGAUGAUACAAGUGGCGGGAGUUCUUAAGACGAUGGCGAAGGACUUCAAUGUUGCAGCUCUGGUAACAAACCACGUGACUCGGGGUGGCAGCGGGGAAGUGCAGCCCGGCCUCGGGGUGUCGUGGAGCCCCGUCCCCAGAACCAGGAUCCUGCUGGAGCAGGUGGAGAGGUCUGGGUCCCUCGGCAGCUCCAGUCUGCGCUCUGCAACGCUGAUCAAGUCUUCCAGACGGCCUUGUCACAUCAAAGAAGAGUUCGACCUGCGGUGGUGGAGUCGCUCUGAAGAACGGUCCUCAGGAAAGAGGAAACUGGAUGCGACGGAGUCCUGACGACUAUAACUCGCUGCUUUACAUGUCUAAAAAGGGACGGACGACGCGCCUCUUCCGGAUGCAUUCCCAGAUCCAGCUGGAUGACACCUUCUGGGCCUGGCCGUUGUCGUCGGGCUCGGCCAGCGUGUGCGUGGCAGACGCAGCGUCGUAGUCCGGGACCAGGUCUCCAUCGUACGCCACGAAGUACCUCCUCAACUUGUUGAAGUCCUGAACGGAGGUGGGGAGGAACAGCUUCACCCCGCUGAAUAUGUCCAGCAGCGUCUGCGGGGAAAGGAAACGGUCAGAACUUCACCCCAAAAGCUCAGAGACCCAGCAAGAACUUUUAUUGAUUAGAUGUUCUGGGGCAAGAGUAUUUCGAGCCCCCCCUCAAAUCUCUUUCCCACCAUAAUGUUUUUGGCUUGUUAUUUCAUGGUGUAAUUGUGUAAAACGAGCAGGAAUGUGUUUUUACUUGCCUUGUACUAAGAUGGAAAUCAAGCAGCUCUUCACAUUAAAGACUUGUUUAACCUGACGACUAAAAGAAAUGUAUAAUUGUCAAAUAACAGUUACGGUUGAGUUCUACAGAGCGGAAGCGAUGCCUCCUUCGCUGGAGGUCUUGCUGGGUUAAAAUGAUUCAGCUGCAAAGCAGACACUGACUUCAUGUGUAAGGUAAUUGCUUGUAUCCUAGCAACUAAUCUGGUCCAUCUCAAACAUUUUUGAGCAAACUGUAAAAAUGAGGCCAGACUGACUCUGGGAGGUAUAAACCCGGACGGAGGAAGGAACUCGUGGUGCGGCGUGACAAUUGCUGACCAACCUUGUCGUGUCUGGGCUCCAGCAGCUGAGAUGUUGCUUGCGGUUUGGGCUGGCCGUUGCUGUGAACACUUUCACUUUUCUUCAUCUAGUGGUAGAAGCAUACAGUCAUCAGAAAUAUUACGAUGAUUAAAGUUUAUAUCUUUAUGUCAACCUGAUUGAGUACCUUU